ACAAACAAAUUUUGCGAGUGGUGUUUUGGCAUUUUGACGAUUACGAGUGUUCAAGAUGUAUUGAGAUGUAUAUACCGCGAAAUCUAAUAUCUAAUCCUGGAAAUAGACCUAAAAUCGUUCGAAAUUAUAACUAGGUCGAUUUCAACCAAGAUCAUUACGUCUCAGACCUGUACCCACAAUCAAUGGUUACUUUUUAACAUAAUUGCGGUCAGAGCUCCUGGUUCAGAGUUUUUCAACCACUUGGCAAAUUAUUCUACGAUUGAAUCUAGAAAAAGUAGUUAUCAGUUUCAUGAAUUAGUGACUGCAAACAAUUUUGAAAGAAAAUUGACAUCUAAGCGGAACAAAGAAUAGCAAGAGGUUGACCGUAAAAGUAUAGACGCCUAAGGAAGGUGAUCGAGGUGAUCACAUCUAAUUGGCUCCCGUUUUAUUUUGAGGAUUAAAGAAAGAAACUGUCCGCGACUAUCUGAGAAUCGGAUCGUAUUGAAUGGCCAGUAUAAUACAGAAUUAUUCACGAAGCAAAAGAUGGACGAUUUGGAAACACAAGGAGAUUCGGAGGAUCAUUCCCGUGUAAUUAUCCAUAUCGAUAUGGAUUAUUUUUACGCUCAAGUUGAAGAGGUGCUAGAUCCAAGUCUGAGAGAUAAGCCGGUCGGUGUGAAACAACGCACCGUAGUAGUAACCUCUAACUAUAUCGCACGAGAAUUUGGCAUUAAAAAGAUGAUGUUAAUCGGAGAAGCAAAGAAACUUUGUCCUGAGUUAGUGUUAGUCAAUGGAGAGGAUUUGACUAAAUAUCGGCAGAUGUCGGUGAGAAUCAACGAAAUCAUGCACAAAUUCACCCCUAAUGUUGAAAAGCUGGGAUUAGAUGAAAAUUUUUUAGAUAUUACUAAAGAAGUUUGUCAAAAGCUUGAGCAACACGAUAAUAUAGGUCAAUUCGUAGAAAAUGUGGACGGAUAUAUACAUCCUCCAAUCGAAAUAUCGUCAGGACUAACUGCUCGAGAGGCAUUUAGAAGUGCGUGUUAUUGUGGUUGUGACCGAAGAUUGAUUUUGGCAACGCAUAUGGCAAAAGAAAUACGAAACUGUAUUUUUCAAGAACUAGGUUUAAAGUGUACUGCAGGUAUUUCUCACAAUAAACUGCUGGCAAAGUUAGUUGGUAGCAUAAACAAACACAAUAAGCAAACUGUGUUGUUACCAAAUUAUGGAGCAGAAUUUGUCGCCUCUCUAGGACCAGUUAAAAGUCUAACUGGAAUUGGUGAGAAGACAGCUCAAGUUUUGGAAGACUGCGGCAUUAGAACAGUUCGUGAACUGCAAGAAAUAACUCUGGAAAAUCUUUGCAAGAGACUAGGUCAUGAACAGGCCAGUAAACUGAAAGAAAUGGCAUUUGGAAAGGACGACACACCGGUGAAGCAGACUGGAAAACCAAAAUCUGUUGGUUUAGAAGAUUCCUGUUCAGCCAUUUCUAUUCGAGCUGAUGCUGAGGACAAGUUUCGUCAUUUGUUAGUACGGCUUGUAAAAAAUAUUGCCGAUGAUGGACGCAUCCCUAUCGCAAUAAAGGUUACUGUCCGCAAACAUGAUUCAGUAAAGAAAACAAGUCACCGGGAGUGUAAACAAGAUAAAAUUUUACCAUCUUACUUUCGUCAUAAAGAUUGCAAAUUAGUACUGGCCGAUGGAGCUCAGGAAAAAAUUCUUGCUACGAUAAUGAAAGUAUUCGAAAGAAUGGUUGACCUCCGCCAGCCUUUUAAUAUAACUUUGCUAGGACUAUCCUUUUUUAAAUUUCAAGAACGCAAAGUAGGAUUGAAGUCUAUAGCAAACUAUCUUAUUAAGAAAUCUGAUAUUGAAGUGCAGUCGAUUACGAACUUAAGCAACGAGGCGCUUAUUUUGAGUGAUAGUUCUACUUCCAAUAAGUCAUUUUCGGUGGCAAUGGACUGUGAUCAGUUGUCGAGUGCUGGUUUUUCCGAUUCUGCUUCAAUAGCCUCCUUAUCCGGUUCUGAAUCGGAUGCAGAACCAUCUCCCAAGAAGUGUCGUCGGCUGGUAACAUAUCUCGCACGUAAGAAGGAAAGUUUAUUUACGGCGGCUAGCGAAGAUGACCUUUCCUCUCCUAGCAAACUUCGAGUAGCUGAGAUGCGACUAAAUUCGAAAGAGUAUGACCAGGAAGCAUCGCAUUCAUUGGACAUUCCAAGCAGUUCAAAAUCGUGGGGUGGUUUUGUAAAAAAUCACCUCUCUUCUUCCACUCCAAAAACUUCUCCCCUGGCAACUAUUAGUAAUAGCAGCAACACUGAUCCAACUUCGUUUAGUGCAGAGACUGAUUUACCUCCAAAUGUUGAUCAUGAAGUAUUCAACGCACUGCCAACUGAUGUCCAACAAGAGCUUCUUCAAAACUGGCGCCUAGGGAACACAUCUCAGUCUUCCUCGGAAGCGACGAUAUCUUCAGCAACAGCAGGUAGCUCUAAAAAUACACUCCAUCGAUAUUUUGUUAAAAACACUUAACAGUAUGGCGGAAUUGCUCUCUGUCAAUCCUAUAGGAAUAGGUAUAUAUCAAUGUUUUAUUUAUAAGAAAACAAACAUUCUAUUUUUUUGUUAUCUUUCAUUAACAUUAUACUUUUCUGCGCCCUUCAAAAAAUAUGAUUUUGUUGUUCUCGAUUAUUUCAAUAAAAUUAAAAAUAAAAUGAUGCCGAAAAAUAUUGAAAAA